AUGAAUUACAGAGACCUGCGAGAGUUCAUUACGUUCCUGGAGCAGCGGGGACAACUGCAUCGCAUUAGCGCGCCAGUGAGUUGCGAACUGGAAAUGACGGAGAUAGCUGAACGCAUGAUUAAGGGCGACGGCCCCGCACUCCUCUUCGAGAAUGUGGCCGGCUACGACAUGCCGGUUCUCAUGAAUAUUUUUUGUUCAGACCAGCGGAUGGCAUGGGCUCUUGGAGUUGACCGGGUAGACGAUCUGGUCUCCAGAUUAGAAGGAAUGCUCCAGCUGGCCCAGGGGGCCCCGGAAGGAUUGAUGAACAAGCUCCGUACCCUGGGGCAGAUCAUUCAAAUGGGCCGCUUCCAGCCAAAGACGGUUACCCGCGCCCCUUGCCAGGAAGUGGUGCUGCAAGGUUCCGACGUUGACCUCUUCAAGUUUCCCAUCCUUAAGUGCUGGCCCAUGGACGGCGGCCGGUACAUUACUCUGCCGCUGGUAAUAACCAGGGAUCCGGAAACCGGUACGCAGAAUUACGGCAUGUACCGGAUGCAAGUCUAUGACGCAUGCACCACCGGAAUGCAUUGGCAGACUCACAAAGUGGGAGCCCAUCAUUACCGGGUGAGCCAGGAACGGAAAGACAACCGACUGGAGGUCGCGGUUGCUAUUGGAGCAGACCCGGCAACCAUGUGGACCGGCUCGGCGCCAUUACCCCCAGACAUGGACGAGAUGGCAGUAUCCGGAUUCAUUCGGGAAGAGGGAGUUGAGCUAGUCAAGGCCAAGACUGUAGACUUGCUGGUGCCAGCCCAGGCCGAAAUUGUGCUGGAAGGGCACGUCUACACAGACGAACAGCGCAUGGAAGGUCCCUUUGGCGACCAUACGGGCUAUUACUCAAUGCCGGAAGAGUACCCCGUAUUCCAUGUUACUACCAUCACCCACCGUAGAAACCCGAUUUAUCCCGCCACGGUGGUUGGCCGGCCGCCCAUGGAGGACUACUGGAUGGGCAAGGUGACCGAGCGUGUUUUCAUGCCCAUAAUCAGGAUGAUAAUGCCUGAAAUCGUGGACAUGAACAUGCCAGCCGAGGGCGUCUUUCACAAUCUCGUCAUAGUUUCGAUCAAGAAAGAAUACCCCGGUCAGGCCCGGAAAGUAAUGUAUGGCCUGUGGGGGCUGGGCCUGAUGAAUCUCACCAAGACAAUUAUCGUCGUUGACGACUUCGUUAACGUGCAAGAUCCUUCGGAAGUAACCUGGCGUGUGGCAAACAACAUCAAUCCCAGCCAAGACAUAGUGAUUGUCGAGGGGCCGCUGGACGACUUGGAGGUCGGGUCGCCCACUCCUAAAUUUGGCGGCAAAGUCGGAAUAGACGCAACCAGAAAGGGCCCUCUAGAGGGCUACACCCGGGGUUGGCCUCCCGACAUCGAAAUGUCACCGGAGGUCAAGACCCUGGUUGACAGCAGAUGGAAAGAGUACGGAUUCAGUUAG